GAAUACUUAUUUAUGAUUGUAAAAAUUUAGUAGUAAAAUUUUUCUAAAAGUAUAAAGAGUAAAAUUGAAUCAUCUUAAAAUAUUGUAUAGGUGAGGGGAUAAUGGAAAGGGUAUAUGAGGUAUAAUUUCCAAAGUGUUUGAAAGCAACUAAGCGCACAAAAAACCAAUAUCUAUUCUUCAAUUCAUUCAUUCAGAAGAACCAGAACGAAACGAAUGAUGCAAGGUUUAUCUUCUUCAUUAUCAUGCUCAAUUCCAUGUUCUUUAAAAUUCAAAGCAGUGAAAGCUUCAUUCGACACACAACAGAGACUCCCUUAUAACCCAAACGCUCCUAAAAAACUCAACAACACUCAACCCCAAUCGCAACCUCUUCCUCUCACUACAUCAUCACCACCGCCACUUUCUACGCGUAAGGACCAGUACAUUGCCGAUCUUCUCAAACGCGACACUCCUCUUCCCACCACCUCAGGGAAAAUCAAAGAAGAAGAAGAAAGCGAAACCUAUUUAGGUUAUGAAAGAUGGCUUCCAAUUCCACCUAAAGUCGUUAAGCCUCGCUCGGUGUUUAAUGCUACUACCUUAGCAUAUCUUGGUGAUGGCAUUUAUGAGCUAUAUGCUCGUAGGCACUUUUUAUUUCCUCCCCUUAGUAUUGAAGAAUACAAUGAUCGUGUGACGGCCGUGGUUCGCUGUGAGGCUCAAGAUGCGUUGCUCCAGAAGCUUCUACACAGUAACUUCUUAUCAGAUCAAGAGAGGGAUGUUCUUCGAUGGGGAAAGAACAUUGUUUCAAGCAAAACUAAGACAAAAAAGCGGGCUGGUUCAGUUGUAUAUAACAGGGCAUCUUCACUAGAAACAUUAGUUGGCUAUCUCUAUUUGACAAAUGUGAAUCGUUUGGAAAAGCUAAUGUUAGAAUUGGGAUUCUCAAUUGACUCUUCAAUCCCUUUGAAUUUGGAGGAACUAAUAACAGGUGAGCUGAAUAGUUGAUAAAGUUGAUCUUUGGGUAUUCUUCCACUGGAGCAGGCAAAACAACUAAUAUAAAAUUUUGUUCGAUCUAUUUCAUCUUUCGGUAAAGCCUUUGAGAUCAGAAGAAGCCUUGGAGAACGGUAGACAUUGAAAUGACAUAUUUUACUAUGCCAGUAGGAUCGAAAUACUGAGACCUUUUGCAACAAUGUAUACAUAGGUUAUGGUAUCAUUUGUAAUUGUUAGUAUUGUUCUUCUUCAGAGUACAGUGAGAAGAAGAAAAUUCAGUGAAGCUUUGGUUAUUUGAUAGAUUUGUGUUAGGGUUAGCAACUCUGGUUGAACAUGAUCCAGCAUUAUAAUUAAUUGUGGAAUUAUGUUAGUUGAAUACUAUUGGAAUACUUGGAAUGA